AUGAGCAUCAAGUCCUUUGUCAUCGGCCUCGCAGCUCUGUCUGUGGUCUCCGCCGCACCUGUCGCACAAUGGGAUGACACCCAUGCGCCUGCGAUUGUUGGUGGUGUUCCUGCCGUAGCUGGCGACUUCCCCUUCAUCGUCAGUCUGCAGAAGAACGGUGCUCACUUCUGCGGAGGCUCCCUUUUGGACUCCAAAACUGUUUUGACCGCCGCUCACUGCGCUGAUGGCCAGUCUACUACUAACCUGACAAUUCGCGCCGGCUCUCUGAACCGCACCUCUGGUGGUGUUACUUCCAAAGUUUCUUCCCUCCACGUUCACCCUGACUUUGACUACGACCUCCUCAGCUACGAUGUUGCGAUCUUGAAGCUCCACACCGCCAUCCCCCAGAGCUCGACUAUCAAGUACGCCACUCUGGCAGCUGCAGGCUCUGAACCUGCCGCCAACACCGUCGCCACGGUUGCCGGCUGGGGCACCACCUUAAGCUCCGGGUCGUCGUUGCCUGUCGCGCUCCUUAAGGUCGACGUCCCUAUCGUCAGCCGCGCUGAAUGCGCCGCCGACUAUCUUAAGGACUCACCGCCCAAGAACGUCACCGAUACGAUGAUCUGCGCCGCUCUUGAUACUGGUGGCAAAGACUCUUGCCAGGGUGACAGCGGUGGCCCUCUCGUCAACGCUAGCAAUGGUACUCUCAUUGGCACUGUGAGCUGGGGCACUGGAUGUGCACUUGCUGGUUUCCCCGGUGUGUAUGCACAUAUUGGUGCUCUGAGGAGCUACAUCGACAAGUUCUAA